AUGGCAUUCAAAAAAAAAGUUGAUCUCUGUUCUUCACUGCUACAAAUCCACGGUCACAAGAGAUUCUUGGGGACCAAGUUGCAUCUCUAUGGUUCAGAUUUGGUUGACCAUUGGAAAAACAAUUUCGGUUACUCCUUUGUGGCUUUCGGUCAAGUUGGAAAAGUCAGAAGAAAAGGUUCUACUUUGAUGAUUGAGAAGAAAAAGAGAAAAAAAAUGCAGGUUCCUAAAUUCUUUUUCUUCAAGGUUUCAAUGCUAAUAAUUGGUCUUACAAGUGUUUGUAAAUGCGAGGAUUGUAGGAAACCACCGAAGACGAUUACUGUUAGUCAAUCAGGAAAUGCAAACUUCAAAACAGUUCAAAGUGCCAUUGAUUCUGUCCCCUCAGGAAACUCUCAAUGGGUUCAUAUCCAAAUUUCCCCAGGCGUUUACAGAGAAAAGGUGGUAAUUGAGAGAGACAAACUUUGCAUAUAUCUUAAAGGAGGCGGCGGGGGUUCCACCAGUAUUGAAUGGAAUGACCACGGCAAUGCACAUUUCACUGCUACUUUCAACAUUAAAGCAUCUAACAUUGUUGCAAACGCCAUUGCCUUCAAGAACACAUAUAACACUGUAGACACAGGCAAGGUGGUUCAAGCAGUAGCAGCAAGGGUUCAUGAAGACAAAAUUGCUUUCUACGAUUGUGAAUUUAUAGGGGUACAAGAUACCCUGUUCGAUUCAUAUGGGCGCCAUUACUAUAAGGGUUGUUACAUUCAGGGUGGAGUUGACUUCAUCUUUGGGAGUGGUCAAUCAAUGUUUGAGGGAAGCACGCUAUUUUUCUCAAUGGGACUUGGUCCCAAAGUAGAUGGGGUUUUCACAGCAAACGAAAGGGAAGAAGAUGACAACAGCGGCUAUGUGUUCAAGAAUUGCAACAUAACUGGAACCGGAGGAAAAGCCAUUCUUGGAAGAUCUUUGAAUGCUUAUGGCAGAGUUAUUGUUGCCAAUUCUCUGCUUUCAGAUGUCGUUAGACCAGAGGGUUGGGAAUCUUUGCACCACAAUGUGUAA